AUGGAAGGCGGCGUGUGGCAGGAGGAGGACGAAAGGGAGGUUCCACGUUGUCCCUACCUUUUUACCGCUUUUUUGGAAGGCUCCGAUGCUACAAGGUCUGCCAUCAGUCGCGUGGAUAACUCUGUUUCCGGAAAAAUGCUGCAGGCAGCCUGUCGGCAGUCACUAUCAUCAUCGUCAUCAGUGCCAGAGGCAUCAUCACACUAUCCAAAAGCUGCCGACACGGAUAAUUUCGACCAGCGAUUGCUCGAUUUUGCGGUAAAUUCAAGAAGACAUCGGAAAUCAAAGGGUUUGCAAGCGAAUGAUGUGCAAAAUGAAGAAGACAGUUCGGCAGUGGUCACAUCCGUAGAUUCCGAUGAGCAGCAACAACGCUCCCACCAUAGUAGGCACCGUUUUGUGGAACCUCGCUACCCAAGCCGAAUUACAAUCCGCACCGCGAAGGGCCAUCCAGUAUCGUCAAGACAGAAGAAACGAAAGCAAUCGAGCCUGCCCCAGCAGCAGUCAAAAAACCUCCUAACACCGCUAGCCGCUGGGCGUUUAUCAAUGCGGCGUCACGACUGUGAUGGUGCUGAUUGCUUGAAAAACAACCGGGCAGUAUCGUUGUAUGUCCCGCCAAAAAAUAAUACCCACGGAAAGCGACAGCCACCGUUGCUGCUUCUGAGUAAUAAUCCAGUAAAGGGCAGGGGGAAGAGUAGCUCGGACCACAACAACGGUAGCACCAGGGGCACCAGUAGCAAAAAGCGACAUCGGCCACACGAAGGCGCACCGCGGAAAUCAUCAAGCCUGCACACCGGACUGGAGGUACUGGGACCCGAAAUCCACCAGACCCAGUCUCAGCUCGGGGCAUCCUACUACACUUCGUCUAGGACCAACUCUUAUCAACCACCGAGAUACGGUGGUGCAGAAGGCAAAUCGCUGGAAGAGCAAUCGCUAGCACCGCCACCGUUCGCCGGUGGUGCCGAAUUAACAGAUUUCAUACAACCUGGUGAUUCAGCAACAACAACGCGCAUCUAUGACGUGAGCCAAAUUUCAGUUCCGAAACGCCGUGGUAGUGCAAAAGCUGCCGGAGCACCACUUGCUUAUUAUGGUGCCAACAGACUGCUUCAGCACCGCCACCAGCAGCAGCAUCCGGCAGCACCGCACGAAAAUCGCAGUGCCUACGGUGCGUUACUUCCAGCACCGUUGCUACCGCAGGAAACCGCUUCUGAUUCACAUGCACCUGCAAUUCCACUGUUUCAACAACCUGCACAUUCAAUCUAUUCCACAUAUCCGGCCCAAAGCCCAGGACCAACGCCACCACCGCACUAUCAGCCGCGACCGGGAUCAUCAUCACAGGUUGAUGCUGUAAAAACAGCAACGUGA